AUGCGGGAAUUAAAUAUAUUUGCUCAAUCUUAUCAAAUGAUGGGUGAAGAAUUAGAAAAUCAACGACGAUUAGAAAUAGAAUCUGGAGAAUUAUUGCCAGAAUUACAAUUAUUAUUUACAUUAAGACCAGGUAUGGAUCGACGCCGAUAUAAUGCUCAAAGAACUAAUGAAGUUGCUGCUGUUUUUCGUACAACUGCUGAUGGAGAAAUUCCAGAAUCAUAUGUAACAAUACGUAAUAGAAAUGACAAAACUUUAAAAAACGUUAGUACUAUGGAUCCAAAUGUUGAACCAUGGAUAUAUCCAUUAUUUUAUCCAUAUGGUACUCAAGGAUGGCAUUGGCGUCGUCUAUUUCAACAGUGGCUUGUAGACAGUUAUGUAAAAAUUGAAAAGGAUAGAAUAAAUUAUUGUAGAGAUCAUCAAAAAGAAUUACGUACUGAAACAUAUCAAGGUUUAAAAGAUUAUUUACAAACUACAGCUAAUAAUUUAAAUGGACGUAUUGGAAAGAUGAUUAUACUUCCAUCUACAUUUAUUGGAUCACCACAGGCAUGUUUGACUUUAGGUUUAAUUGAAGAUGAUGAUGAAUGGAAACGAGCUAUGAAUGAAGCUAUUGGAUGGAUGAUGCCGAGACAACUUCGUAGAUUAUUUGUACGUAUAUUAUUGCAUUGUCAACCAUUGCAUCCUGAAGAGCUCUGGGGAUGUUUUAAAGUAGCAAUGUCAGAAGAUUUUAUCCGACACUUUGGAAUGUUACAAGGACAAGAGAAAGCAUAUGCGCAAAUCAAUACUAUGCUUUGUGCUGAAGGUAAAAGUCUUGCCGAUUUUCCACAAAUGGAACAGUUAAUAGAAAAUGAUGAAGAGGAUAAUUAUAUGACUAUUGAAGAAGUUAUGGAAAUUGGUAUCAGACAAUAUGAACAGUUAAAUGACAAGCAGAAAGAAAUAGUAGAUAUAAUAUUAAAUAGAUUAGAUAAUAAUAAUCAUCACAAUAGUAAUUGUUUUUAUAUCGAUGGUCCAGGUGGUUCAGGUAUUGCAGCGACGUUAUUGCCAGCAGGAAAAACGGUUCAUAAGACAUUUGGAUUGCCGGUUCCACUAUUUGCUGAUUCCUCUUCCAGCAUUAAAAUCCAAUCAAAAGAAGCUCAAUAUUUGAAAAAAACAGAUAUUUUUAUUUGGGAUGAAGCGCCAAUGGCACCGCGAUAUGCUCUAGAGAUUAUGGAUCGAACGUUGCGUGAUAUUAUGAAUAACGACUUACCUUUUGGUGGAAAAAUUAUCGUAUUAGGUGGUGAUUUCAGGCAACUUCUUCCUAUUAAGAUACACGGUACUCGAUGUGAAAUUGUGAAUCUUUCAAUCAAGUUUAGUUCUACUUGGAAACAUUUUAUAAGUUUUUCUCUAACGGAAAAUAUGCGAGUUCUUCCAGAGGAAACUGAAUUUGCAAAAUUUUUAUUGAAUAUGGGAGAUGGCAUAUUAAAUGAUGCUAACGAUAAUAUACAACUUCCAGAUUGUUGUAUUGCACCCAUUAAUGCCGAUAUUAUAGAAGAUAUAUAUGGUGAUCUAAUACGAAAUAAAGAAUUUAAUAAUAUGGCUAAGUGUGCGAUACUUUCUGCAAGAAAUGCUGAUGUAGAUGAAAUUAAUAAACGAGUUGUCGAAUUAUUAGAUAUAUCUGAAGAACGAAUUUAUACAAGUACAGAUAGUACUGAAAAUUGCGAUGACAACGGUGACAUUGGUGAAGUUUUAUUGCCAGAAUAUUUAAAUACUUUGUCUCCGUCAACUCUUCCUCCUUACGAAUUGCGUUUAAAACCGAAUUGUGUCAUUAUGUUGAUUAGAAAUCUUAGUAUUAAUGAAGGUCUUUGCAACGGCACUAGAUUAAUGAUUAUAGAACUUGCGGAUCAUUUAUUGAAAUGCGAAAUUUUAACAG